UUCUCCCCCCAAAACUCAUCUCAUCUCCAUCUCUCUCUCUCUCUCUCUACACAUCUCUAUCUCUCUACUUGUUCCAAAACUACUCACACUAGCUACUAAACUCAAUCCUCAUUCCUCAAUACAUUAGAACAAAAUCAUGGCUUCUAUAACUCAAACAAAACCUACAAAUCAGCCAUUUUCAUCACUAACUUCUCUAGUUGAUCAUUCCAAUCAUUCCAAAUCCAAAUCCAAAUCCAUCUCAAUGAGAAAUCAUUCAACAAGAAGCAAAAUCCACUGCGCGCUGCAGUCGCCGUCAGUCCUCACCUUCCCGAAGCAGCCUUUCCCGGCGGCGCCGCCCAAGACCGAGCCGGCUCCGCCGCAGUGGAACCUGCUGCAGCGAGCGGCGGCGAUGGCGCUGAACGCCGUGGAGAGCGCGGUGGUCUCCCGCGAGCGGCGGCACGCGCUCCCGAGGACCGCCGACCCCAGCGUCCAGAUCGCCGGGAACUUCGCGCCGGUGCCGGAGAGGCCCGUGCGCCACAACCUCGACGUCAGCGGCGCCAUCCCGGAAUGCGUGAGGGGCGUCUACGUCCGCAACGGCGCCAACCCGCUCCACGAGCCCGUGGGCGGGCACCACCUCUUCGACGGCGACGGCAUGGUCCACGCCGUCUCCUUCCACGGCGCCAACUCCGCCAGCUACGCGUGCCGCUUCACGGAGACGCAGCGCCUCAUCCAGGAGCGCGGCCUCGGCCGCCCCGUCUUCCCCAAGGCCAUCGGCGAGCUCCACGGCCACCUCGGCAUCGCGCGCCUCAUGCUGUUCUACGCCAGGGGCCUCUGCGGCCUCGUCGACCACAGCAACGGGAUCGGCGUCGCCAACGCCGGCCUCGUCUUCCACGACCGCCGCCUCCUCGCCAUGUCCGAAGACGACCUCCCCUACGAGGUGCGCGUCACCCCCUCCGGCGACCUCCGCACCGUCGGGAGGUACGAUUUCGGCGGCCAAUUGAACAGCACCAUGAUCGCGCACCCCAAAAUCGAUCCCGUCACCAAAGAGAUGUUCGCGCUCAGCUACGACAUCGUGCAGAAGCCCUAUCUGAAAUACUUCAAAUUCUCCGCCGACGGCGAGAAAUCCCCCGACGUGGAGAUUCCCCUCGAUGUGCCGACAAUGAUGCAUGACUUCGCCAUCACCGAGAACUUCGUCGUCAUCCCCGACCAGCAGGUGGUGUUCAAGCUCCAGGAAAUGGUGAAGGGCGGCUCCCCGAUGAUCUACGACAGGGACAAGAAAUCCAGAUUCGGAAUCCUCGGCAAAAACGCGCGAGACGCCGCCGAGAUGAAGUGGAUAGACUGCCCCGACACCUUCUGCUUCCAUCUCUGGAACGCGUGGGAGGAGCCGGAGACCGACGAGGUCGUCGUGAUCGGCUCAUGCAUGACGCCGCCGGACUCCAUCUUCAACGAAUCCGACGAGAAUCUCCAGAGCGUGCUGUCCGAAAUCCGGCUCAACCUCCGAACCGGCGAGUCGAAGAAGCGGUCCAUUUUGAAAGCCUCGGACCAGAUCAACCUCGAGGCCGGGAUGGUGAACCGGAACCGGCUCGGCCGGAAAACCCGGUACGCCUACCUGGCGAUCGCGGAGCCGUGGCCGAAGGUGUCCGGCUUCGCGAAGGUGGACCUCGCCACCGGGGAGGUCGAGAAGUUCGUCUACGGCGAGGAGAAAUACGGCGGCGAGCCGUUCUUCGUGCCGGACGAGGGGGCGGAGGGGGAGGACGGCGGGUACAUUCUGACGUACGUGCACGACGAGAGGGAGUGGAAGUCGGAGCUGCAGGUGGUGAAUGCGGCGACCAUGGAGAUGGAGGCGGCGGUGAAGCUGCCGUCGAGGGUGCCCUACGGUUUCCACGGCACGUUCAUAAGCUCGUCGGACAUGGAGAAGCAGGUGUGGUGAAAAUACGGAAAUGGCCCUCUGCUGUAUAUAUACUGUGUAUAGUAUAUGUAUACGUAUAUCGGGAGAGGAGGGGAGGGCAUGCCAGAGGGAUUUGGUAGAUUUAGUUUUUCGUCCCCGGACUUCUCCUCAUUUACUUUUUUUACCCCCAACUUUUUUAAUUUUGUGCUGUUGGAGACGAAUUAGGUGUUAAUCGAGAAAUUACUUCUGUCUUAAA